UGUGCUCCUACCCUAAGGAUAUACAGCAGUACCAGGAACGUGCUGGUGCUGAGGAGAUUGUUUUUACCCUCUCUGGAUGCUGAUUUCACUGUGCAAGAUGGACAUACGAGUAGCAAGCAUCUUCGUCAUCAUGGUGGCCCUCACAGCCGCCCAUGGGGACCGGUAUGUGGUGAAGAAGCUGAUGAAGGCCGCCCCUCAGUACAAGCCCUACUCUGUGAAGAGCCACGUGGUGUCAGUGGCAGGUGAGCCCGGUGCUCCAGGUGAGCCUGGCCCUGAGGGCCCUGAGGGCCCUCCUGGGCCCCCAGGUGAGAGCGCCGAAGGUCUGACUGGACCAGCAGGAGCCCCCGGAUCUCCCGGAGCUCCUGGCCGCUCCAUCGCUGGCAAACCCGGUUCCCCCGGUGGAUCUGGCAAAUCUGGCAACGACGGAGCCCCCGGUGAGGCAGGAGAACACGGAGCCGCCGGCCUUCAGGGACCCCGGGGAGCCCCCGGAUCCGCUGGAACCCCCGGACCCUCCGGCCUCUCCUCCAGCGGCAAGCCUGGACCUUCAGGUCUUCCUGGAGCCGGGGGACCCAGAGGAGAGUCCGGUCUGAAGGGCCACCCCGGUGUGCCCGGUCUGCCUGGCUCCAAGGGCGAUAGAGGGGUGGGCAUCCAGGGGCCUCAGGGGGAGGCGGGGCCCGAAGGAGCCGCGGGCACAGCCGGAGCACCAGGGGCGUCCGGAGUCGGAAAGCCAGGAAAGGGCGGGAUGAGCGGGGAGUCCGGGAAGUCAGGGAGCCCCGGGAGGGACGGGGCCUCAGGCCGCAUGGGGCCCCAGGGACCCAAGGGACACACCGGUGCCCCAGGCGUCGGCAUGACAGGUAAAUCCGGUGAGAACGGGGCCCCCGGCCUGCCGGGCUCCGCCGGCCCCAAAGGCCACCAGGGACCCGGUGGAGCCACCGGUGCCCCCGGGGUCCCCGGCUACGGGAAGCCAGGGGCCAACGGGGAGACGGGAGCGAGAGGGGCCACAGGCAGCACCGGCUCCACGGGCGCAAAGGCAGAGCAAGGGCCCACCGGGUAUACCGGAGCUACUGGUUCCACCGGCUCCACCGGUCCCGCCGGCCCUCAGGGGCCCGUCGGCUUCCCAGGGGACGCCGGCGCCGCUGGCUCCAAGGGAGAGACCGGUGCAACGGGCAGUCAGGGAGGUAAGGGGAACAAGGGAGAUCAGGGAGCGCAGGGCUUCUCAGGCAAGCUGGGUUACCCCGGCAACGCCGGGCCCCCCGGGCCCAGAGGGGCCUCCGGACCCACAGGUGACAAAGGCCACGGCGGCGCCCCCGGCACCCCGGGCUCCCCAGGCAUCCCAGGCCCCGCCGGACCCAAGGGCCACCCCGGCCGCGCCGGCGAGUCCGGAGCCUCCGGCGCCGACGGCGCUCCCGGCUCCAGAGGUUCUUCUGGGCCUCAGGGUCCAUCCGGUGCUGCCGGUCUGAAGGGACACUCAGGUCUCCCCGGUGCCUCCGGCCCCGCUGGGCUCUCCGCCAAGGGCGUCACCGGACCCCAGGGUCCCCCCGGUCAGCCCGGCGAGCACGGCGCCGACGGAGCCGGCGGCCCGCCCGGCGCUCCCGGCGUCCCCGGCCCCCCCGGCGAGGUCGCCUACGAGAAGGGCCUGGGAAUGGGAGAGAUCAUGAUCAAGUCGCCCAUGUCGGCCUUCACCGCCUCUCUGACCACGCCCUACCCCGCCGACGGCACGCCCAUCCGGUUCGACCACAUCGUGUACAACGCCGAGAACCACUACGACCCCGAGUCCGGCAUCUUCACCUGCCAGGUGCCCGGCGUCUACUACUUCUCCUACAGCAUCCACGUGAACGGGGCCAACGCCCUGGUGGCUCUGUACAGGAACGGCCAGCCGGUGAUGUUCACCUACGACGAGUACAGCAAGGGCUUCCUGGACCAGAUGUCCGGCAGCGCCGUCCUGCUGCUCGACGAGCAGGACACCGUGUACGUCCAGAUCCCCGACGAAGAGGCCAACGGAGUCUUCGCCGCCGAGAACGUCCACUGCUCUUUCUCCGGCUUCCUCAUCGCCUCGACGUGAUAACGUCGAUACGGCAGUUCCCCAAAAAAGCCGCCCAACUAAAUUCGCGAUCGGUUUCUCAGAAGUAAAGUGAACUCUCUGUUUGUUUGCCCUCCAGCAAACAGGCGGGCAGUUCACCUUUUCUUUGAGGAAGAGGAGCGACUUGAAAACUACAACAAAUAGGUGCUUAGAAGAAGGAAAAAUAAUUUAUGAAAACAGGUGAUCAGGGAUGGGGGAAGCGAUCCACAAAGUUACCGGUGAGCUUUUUACAAAAAGAGGAGACAGCAUGUGGAAGUGAGGUGUUGUCGCUGUGUUGUGUUCUGACUUUUUCUUUUCCCGCUCUGUUUCUUUCAUGUUGACUUCACCUGGUGAUUCUCAAUUCAGUGUUUGUCUGUUUUUGUUUCUUUUUUUCUUUUCUUUUUUUUGUGUGGUUCCUGCUUGUUUUUGUUUGUGUGACCAAUAAUCUUAUUAAAAGUACACAAAUACUUGCUGUGCACCAUGUUGGAACUGUUAUCCUUGUAUGUGACUUGAUUAUUGUGAAAUGGUAAUGGUCAAAUUGACCGUUAUGAGGAAACAAGUCGCCAGAAUACUGUCAUACAAACACAAACCAGCCACAACGAUGUAUCCCUGAACAUGUAUUAUGUCAUGUAAAACAUAAUGAACAAAAUAAAAAAUGUCUUAAAAAAAAUG